ACCUAGUCUUAGUGCAUUGUAUAGAAUUUUUUUCCUUCAGAUCAGAGAAUGGCAACAUCUCGACUCCAUCGCAAUAAAUAAUAGCGGCUUUGUCUCCAAGUUUGCCUCCUCGGAAACAAGCAAGCAGGCGACCUCGCGGCGGACCCACAAUCAGAAUACCACAUUCCCAAAACGAAACCUAUCUUUGAUAGUCUCACUCAAUGGACUCUGAGUUACCUUCCGGCAUAGGCGUAAGGACGUGGAUGCAAGUCUUCCGCGCCUAGCUUGCCAUUCUCAACACCUGGGGCUUUGUGAACGCUUUUGGAGCAUUUCAGACGUACUACACGAGCGUGUUACCGGAGUCACCGUCGACGAUAUCAUGAGUUGGUAGUACACAAUCGUGCCUGAUGUUGGCUUCUUUCGGUCAACCACUAUGGUGGGCAUCUCUCUCCAACUUCUUGGUAUCUUUACGAUGAGUGUCACCAAGAAUUACUGGCAACUCCUCCUUACGCAGGGUAUGUGUACAGGCUUAGGGGGCGAUAUUUUCUUCCUGCCGGUCACGGGGCUCGUAAGCACAUACUUCACAAAAACGAGAGGCUUAGCAUUGGCAAUUGUUACAACAGGAACGUCCGCAGAUGGUCUCAUCUACCCGGUCAUAAUGCAGCAACUGAUAGAAAAGGUCGGUUUUGGUUGGACGGUCAGGGUGCUUGGCUUCAUGAACACAGUCAGUCUAGCUGUUGUGAUUGCUUUCAUAAGGCCCAAGUCUAACCCAGUGUCGCGAGGGCCGCUUCUCGCAGAGCUGCAUUCAGGGAUUCACUGUAUAUGCUGCAUGCACUCGGUCUGUGCUUGCUGAUGCCUUCAGUUUACUUUGUGUUCUACUAUGUAGCAUCCUUCGCGAGGGAUGACAUCGGUGGGCGACGCCACACCGGCAAACUACUUUGGCAAAACCCGCUCG